CACCACCAUGUUCCGUCCCUCCGACUCUCAAGCUGCUGCUUUGCUUGACCAUGUCUUCUCUCAGACCCUGAGGAACAUCGAAUUUCUAGCGUCUCAUAACUACAUCUCACCGGUCGACGCCACCGAACUCUCAAAUCGUCUCACUGCUGCGCAGCACAACAACGGAGAUGCAGUAUCCGCUCUCGCCAGCAGCGUGCAGGCAUUGACAGUACCGCCUGUACCGCCUGUAGGUCCAGGUCGCGGCAUCCCGCUGCCCCCGCCCCGCCCCGUGAAGCAGGCCCGGGCCGUUUGGGCGUACAACGAGGACGGUAGGGAACCUAACGACCUAACAUUCUCCACUGGCGAAAUCAUCGAGAUUGUUGACGAGACAAACGCAGACUGGUGGACCGGAAAGUGCAGGGGUAAACAGGGUCUCUUCCCGUCUAACCAUGUCGAGAUGAUUGCCUCGCCCCCUGCUUCUGUUCCGCCUCCUGCGGCACCAUCGCCAGCACCAGUCUACUCGCCACCUCCACAACCGAUGAUGCCGCCACAGCCGAUGCCGCCUCAGCAAGGAUAUGCUCCAGGCUAUGACCAGAAGCCCGUGUAUAGGCCCUUCGGAGCAGUUUAUCAGGCUCAGAAUCAGCCGCCUCCUGCGGCUGUCGGCCAGGUGAACACUCUAGGCCUACAGCAAGCACCACAGCAAACACCACAGCAAGCACCACAGCAAGAACAGAAGAAGCAUCGCUUUGGUCGCUUGGGUGACACCAUGGCUACUUCAGCUGCCGGAGGUGUCGGAUUUGGUGCAGGCGCCGCUAUCGGUAGUGGUAUCGUUAAUGCUAUCUUCUAAUUGUCGUAGGUCGUGGACUUUGAGAGUAAUGGACUGGAGAUAGACCUUGGAUUCCGAUUAUGUUAGGAGUAGUGAGUUUGCAAUGUAUACACUUGGCUUUCCGUCUUUAU